AUGAGAAGCUGCUUCUGCGUGAGACGGAGCCGGGACCCGCCGCCCCCGCGGGAAACAGACAAGUCCACCAUGCCGGAAGUCAGAGACCUGUCGGAAGCCUUGCCGGAGACGUCCAUGGACCCCAUCACCGGAGUGGGGGUGGUGGCCUCCCGGAACCGAGCCCCGACGGGCUACGACGUAGUGGCGCAGACGGCAGACGGCGUGGACGCUGACCUCUGGAAGGACGGCCUGUUCAAGUCCAAGGUCACCAGAUACCUGUGCUUCACCAGAUCGUUUUCCAAAGAAAACAGCCACUUAGGGAACGUGCUGGUGGACAUGAAGCUCAUCGACAUCAAGGACACGCUGCCCGUGGGCUUCAUCCCGAUCCAGGAGACGGUGGACACACAGGAAGUGGCCUUUAGGAAGAAGCGGCUGUGCAUCAAGUUUAUCCCGCGGGACUCCACGGAAGCAGCCAUCUGCGACAUCCGGAUCAUGGGCCGGACCAAGCAGGCGCCCCCUCAGUACACCUUCAUCGGGGAACUGAACAGCAUGGGCAUCUGGUACCGGAUGGGCCGAGUUCCAAGGAACCACGACUCAUCCCAGCCCACAACACCUUCCCAGUCGUCCGCCGCUUCCACCCCCGCCCCCAGCCUUCCCAGGCACAUCUCCCUGACGCUGCCGGCCACCUUCCGGGGCAGGAACAGCACGCGGGCGGACUACGAGUACCAGCACUCCAACCUGUACGCCAUCUCAGCAAUGGACGGUGUGCCCUUUAUGAUUUCAGAGAAGUUUUCCUGUGUUCCGGAAAGUAUGCAGCCCUUCGACCUGCUGGGGAUCACCAUCAAGUCUCUGGCGGAGAUCGAGAAAGAGUACGAGUACAGCUUCCGCACGGAGCAGAGCGCCGCCGCCCGGCUGCCGCCCAGCCCCACGCGCUGCCAGCAGACCCCCCCGUCCUGA